GCCACAAAGUGAAAGUGAUAAUGAAGAAAUAGAAGACUCAGAUAGUUCAACAAGUGCAGGAGAUGAAAUUCCAUCUGGUGAUGCAUUACUUGAAUUAUUGCAAAUUCAAUACAAUUCUGCAAAAGAUUUUCAAACUGGAGAUAAUUAUUCUCAAUCAGCUCAACAAACAACACCUACUUAUAAUUGUGCAGAUGAUGAUGAUGAUUUUUUUUAA